AUGCCAGUCGGACACUCACCGCCCAUACCUUUAGUGAAUCCUGAAGAUGAAAAUGUGAUUCCACCGUUACCAUCACCCACACGAAGUGAAAGUGAAUCUUUUCGUGGUUUUCAGGAUUCGGAAAUAGCAGCUGAUGCCGCCACCACGAAGGAACUGACCGGACUUUUCCGACAGCGAAGCCAGGUACACCGCAAAUUGGUGCGGUUACAUUCGACUUUCCGAGACGUCCGGCAUUUCGAAUUAGCCCAGCUUAACGUUAUGAGCAGCAAACUUGCCAAUGCUUAUGCCGAGUUUAACAGCAUCCAAAACGACAUAAUGGCGCCCGUUCCGGAUGAAAAAGUGGCAGAACAGGAAAGAGCCUGCGACGCUUUUGAAGAUCUACAUGAUUACCUCUCCACGGCAAUUGAAGGAAUAAUAAUCCAGAUGAAAAAUGAUGCUAUUCUGCCACCGACCGCACCGCAAGUUGUAAUUCAACAGCAACCAUUGAAGGCACCGAUUCCUACCUUCGAUGGGAUGUAUGCAAAUUGGCCAAAAUUCAAAGCAGUUUUCCAGGACCUAAUGGCCAACUCAGCAGACACCGAUGCAAUAAAAUUGUACCACCUGGACAAGGCUCUUGUGGGUGCGGUGGCUGGAGUUUUGGAUGAAAACAUCAUCAGCGCUGGUAACUAUCAGCAAGCAUGGGCUGUGCUGACAGAGCGAUACGAAAAUCAACGUGUCAUCGUCGAGUCACACAUAAGAGGAUUGCUCCAACUCAAAAGGAUGUCAGGUGAGUCGUAUAAGGAUUUGCGAGCCCUUUUAGAUGAGUCUACACGUCACGUAGAAAGCCUCCGGUAUUUGAAUCAGCAGCUCAUCGGCAUUUCGGAGCACAUGGUUGUUUACACCAUUACGAAUGCACUGGACAAAGCGACGCGCAAGGCUUGGGAAUCAACUCUUAAACGAGGUGAAUUGCCUAAGUAUGAGUCGACCAUCGCUCAAGAUGCCUCAAGAUGCCAAAUUUUGGAAAACUGCGAGACUUCUACACCAGUUGCACCGACGCCAGUCCCCAAAUCGAAGUUCGUCACAGUAGUACCGAAGGCACCAAUCCAGAAGAGUUACGCUACUACGACGGUCAACACGAAUCAGGCAGAAAUGUGUGAGCUUUGUGGUGGUGCGCAUUUCAACUACCAGUGUGCCACGUUGAAGAACUUGAAUGCAUCCCAGAAGAGUGAGAAGAUUCGAGCAGCGGGUGCAUGUUUCAACUGCCUGCGCAAAGGCCAUCGAUCGAACAGAUGUCCAUCCAACAACAGCUGCAGAAAGUGUCAGAAGCGUCAUCACACUAUACUCCACGAUGAUAGUGUCGAAGGGUGCAGCCAGGAUGGACGUACGAAGGUACCCACCCAGCAGGUACCAGAAUCGGCUAACGUUGCGACUCCAGUUCCUGUUUUGAAUUCGAGCACUGCUCCUAAAGAAGAUCCACCAGUUUCGACAGCCUGUUCAUGCAACUAUGGGCAGUCAUCAAAGAUAGUGCUGCUACUAACUGCAAUAGUACACGCCAUUGAUCGACAUAAUCAGCCACAUGAGUGCCGUGUGUUGCUCGACAGCGGUUCUCAGGUAAAUUUCGUGUCCGAGAAAAUGGCAGACAUCCUUGGGAUCCCUAAGAAACGAGCCAAUGUUGCAAUUACCGGCAUAAACGCCUUGAAAACGCUUGCUCGAGACAAGGUUUUCGUGAAAUUCUGUUCCCGUUAUGAAGAUUUCCAUGCCAACAUCGAAUGUUUGGUUACACCAAAGGUGACGGGCACAAUUCCAUCUGUCAAGAUUGACGUCAUCGAAUGGAACAUCCCCCAAGGGAUUCAUUUAGCCGAUCCUGAGUUCCAUAAGCCUGAGAAGAUCGACAUGCUAGUCGGAGCUGAGCUGUUCGCAUCCAUUGCCCGUGUGGAAAAGUUGAUGCACCAGUUCUGGAGUGUUGAAGAAGUUCCCGAUGUUACGCCGCUGUCUGUAGAAGAGCAGUCAUGUGAAACACAUUUCCUUUCCACUCACAAUCGCAAUCCAAAUGGACGAUUUGUCGUUAGCCUACCUCUGAAGGAAAAUGUUAACCAGAUUGAUGAUUGUCGUGCCUUAGCUUUGAAGCGAUUCCUGAUACUUGAAAAACAGCUGCAGCGUGACGCCGAACUUCGAUCCCAGUAUGUUGAUUUCAUUCGCGAGUACGAGGCUCUUGGACAUUGUCACGAAGUGAAGGAGUCCAAUGAUCAAUCCAAUCGGGCAAUGUACUAUAUGCCACACCACGCCGUUCUUCGACCACAUAGCUCCAGCACCAAGUGUCGUGUGGUGUUCGUCGCAAGCGCCAAGUCAUCGUCACCAAAGCUAUCGCUCAACGAAGUACUCAAGGUUGGUCCCAUUGUUCAGAGGGAUCUGUUUUCCAUCAUGCUGAGUUUCCGGAAGCAUGCUGUUGUCUUUUCGGCGGACAUAACAAAAAUGUAUCGGCAAAUACUUGUGGCCCCGGAAGACACGUGCUACCAGAGAAUAUUUUGGAGAGAGCAGCCAACUCAACCGCUACGUGUUUUAGAAUUGGAUACUGUCACGUACGGCACAGCAUCCGCUCCAUAUCAAGCCACCCGAUGUUUGCUCCAGCUCGCUGAAGAUGAGUCAGCAGACUUUCCCAUUGGUGCUCGUAUCGUAAAAGAGGAUUGUUAUAUCGACGACGUGUUAUCUGGUGCGGAUACCAUCGAGGAAGCCAUUGAAUGCCAUCGCCAAUUAAAGCAGAUGCUCGCCCGAGGUUGUUUUCCCGUGCACAAAUGGUGCUCCAACUCGGAUGAGUUUAUGCAGUGUAUUCCAGUCGAAGAACGUGAAAAGCAGUUCACCUUGCAGGAAUAUGGUGCCAACGAAGCAAUAAGGGUUCUUGGCUUACUGUGGGAUCCAAAUAACGAUCAGCUUCUCAUCGCUCAUCAAAAUCAACAAUUGUCAACGCCGGCUCAACCAGCGACCAAACGGAUCAUAUACUCCGAGAUUGCAAGGUUUUUUGAUCCAUUGGGAUUGUUCUCACCGGUGAUCGUGGUCGCCAAGAUUCUGAUGCAGCAGCUAUGGAAGACCAACGCAGGAUGGGAUGACAUCCUGAAUGAACAAUUCCAACAACAAUGGCGACUGUUGCAAGAAUCUCUGCCUCAUCUAAAUUUUAUUCAGGUGCCACGAUGUGUGACUUUUCCGAAUGCCGUGGCCUACGAACUUCAUGGGUUUGCUGAUGCUUCUGCCGUUGCGUAUGGUGCCUGCAUUUACGUGCGCAGUAUUUCCGCCGAUGGUUCGGCACAAUUGAAACUACUCAGCAGCAAAUCAAAGGUUGCACCACUGCAUGAAGUAACCAUCCCGAAGAAGGAAUUGUGUGCUGCUCUACUGCUAACUCGCCUGCUGGAAAAGGUACUACAAGCCAUACAGAUGACGUUCCGAGAAAUUGUUCUCUGGUCCGAUAGCACAAUCGUCCUGGCCUGGCUGAAGAAGCCUGCCGAUCGUCUGCAAGUUUUUGUGCGAAAUCGCGUGGCAGAGAUCCAGAGAACCACCGGAAACUUCAAGUGGUGUUACGUUCGUUCGGGAAGCAAUCCAGCUGACGUGGUAUCGCGAGGUCAGUUACCGGAACAAUUACUCAACAACGAACUAUGGUGGAACGGCCCCGUGUUACUUAGAUCAACCUACUACAAAUUAGAAGAUCCAGAAGAAGUUCCUGAUCAGCUGCUUCCAGAGAUGAAAUUGGUCAUCGCUACGCCAGCUGUGAAGGUCGAACUCUUUCCGUUUGUAACUAAAUUCAGCAACUUUCGCAAGGUACAACGCAUCAUGGCAUAUGUUUUGAGGUUCGUCAACAAUUGCCAGCAGAAGCAUUUCCUCGAUCGUAUUCUCACUCCUUAUUUGACCAUCCGAGAAUUGCAGCGCUCGACGGAGGUGCUCAUCAAGAUUUCCCAGCACGUUCAAUUGGCACACGAAUUUGAACGCCUUCAGUCCAAUAAAAAUUGCAAGCGAAUCGGAAAUCUUCGUCCAUUCAUCCGAGAUGGCUUGCUCCGAGUCGGAGGCCGACUCAUUCACUCCAAGUUGCCAUAUGCAUCAAAGCAUCCAAUCAUAUUGCCCGACAAGGAUCCCAUCACGACGAUGCUAAUCAGGACGAUGCACAUCGAGCUGCUUCAUCCGGGCCAAUCAGCGCUCAUCAACGCAAUUCGACAGCGGUACUGGCCGCUCAAGGCUCGUUCUACUGUGAGGCAGAUUACUCGCAAAUGCGUAAAAUGCUUUCGUGUGAGACCGGGAGCCACAACGCAGCUGAUGGGGAAUCUUCCGCAAUCACGAAUCGUGCCAUCUCCACCAUUCGCAGUGACUGGUGUGGACUACGCUGGUCCUUUGUUGGUAAAGCAAGGAACCUAUCGUCCCAAACUCGUCAAGGCGUAUGUAGCAGUGUAUGUUUGCAUGACCACCAAGGCCGUACACCUCGAAGCGGUUUCUGAUCUGACGACGGAUGCGUUCCUAGCAUCACUCAGACGCUUCAUCAGUCGUAGAGGAUUGGUACAGCAGUUGCAUUCUGAUAAUGCAACCAACUUUAAGGGAGCGAACCACGAGUUGAACCAGCUGUAUCAUCUUUUUCGAGAUCAACAGAUGUUCGAUCAAGUUCAGCAGUUUUGCGCAGCACGUGAAAUCGAGUGGCAUUUCAUCCCUCCUGACGCCCCUGAAUUUGGCGGACUGUGGGAAGCGGCAGUGAAGUCGGCAAAAACUCACCUGAAGCGAGUCGUCGUAUCUCCACCGAUCCAGCUGAUCCACAAGUGA